CGACCUUUUACUAUUGCACCGGAGCCUGCUCAGAGCCGGUUGAUCAUCGAUCAGGCUUGCCCCAAUUCUAGCCCAACCUCGACUCGUCCUCACCAUUCCCCGUGACGUUGUCUGCUCAGACUUGUAUAUAAACCCCCGCCUUUGCGUCUCCUUCUGCAGCAUCUCCACUCAGCUCUUUCCUCCUCGCUAAACCAAUCCCAUCACUCUCAAUGGCCAUCACAGCUCCCGCUCCCACUCCUGCUCCUCGCAUCCUUGUCGUCAACUGCGACCAAACUAAGCCAGAUUUUGUGAAAGAGUUCGGCGACGUCGUUCAUCUCUUCCGUGAUGUGUUCACUGGAUAUGUCAAGGACGAGCCUUCUGCCGCUCACCCGGCUCCAGGCGGAGACACGACCAACGGCUGGGAAAUGUGCAGCAACGGCGCGUUCUACUUCAAGGGCUUUGAUGCGACCAAGUACAGGCAGAACAGCCACGGUCAUGAUGUCUGGCCGCACGUCGCAGCGGAGAAGAUUGACUGUAUCGUUGUCGGAGGAUCAUCGAACAGCGUAAAUGACCUUGUUCAGAAAGACCCCGAAGGCACCCUUUUCUGGAUGAAGGCCCUUGCCUUCUGGUUGACCGUGACUGCAAUCCAAUCCCACCAUAUCAAGUUUAUCGGUAUAUGCUUUGGGCACCAGCUUCUCAGUCAUGUCCUCUAUGACACCAAGAUCACGCCUAGCACUCAGCCUGAAAUUGGCCCGACGUCCGUUGCUCUCGAUGAUAAGUUCAAGCAUAUCUUCCCCGGUGGAGAUCAACUCAACAUCCAGAUGUUCCACUACGAGAUGGCGGAGCCCUUGCGUAGGGCUCUCGACGAAGUCAGGGAUGAGAUGACUAAAAAGCAACGCAUGUUCAAGCACUACUGCUGGGGCCGCACCCCGGAUUGCGGGAACGAGGGCUCUGUCGUGUUCUACGAUGAAUCUGAGGAGAAGCAGAUCCGUAUUUUGACUCUUCAGGGCCAUCCCGAGCUUACGGAGGCCAUGACGAGGAGGCUGAUCGAGUUAUUUUCGGCCAAAGGCAACAAACUAGAGGGAGUUUCCGCAUCUGACGCGGCCGAGGCCAACAGGAAGUUAGAUGCCUUCAAUGCAGACAAAAAGCAGUUGCAUUCGACGAGAGCGGCGGCGGCGAUGUGGAAGGUUGCAACGGGCGUAAACUUUGAAUGA